CCCUGCCCUCUAUAUCCGAACGAUCCUGUGCUUUUGCGUUACACUGGUGCUCUCCUCGCGACAUGAGCUCGGUGGUGAAGCUCGGGACAUGGGGCGGCGACGGCGGGAUCACCCACGACAUCACGGUGGCGCCGCAGCGGCUCGAGAGUAUAACCAUCCGCUGGGGCAAGGUCAUCGACUGGAUCGCCUUCUCCUACCGGGACCGGGACAAGCAGCUGCACACCGCCGGCCCCUGGGGCGGCACCGGAGGGAAGAGUGAGGAGAUGGUGAGUCAGAUCACCCUCGACGCUUCGGAGUACGUGACGGAUGUUGCCGGGUCUGUGGGCCCGAUCGGGGACCUGACCCAUGUCAUCACCUCGCUCAAGAUCGUCACCAACCGUGCCACCUACGGGCCGUUCGGGCGCGGCGACGGCACGCCCUUCAACAUCCCGGUGCUCAACAACGGCAGCAUUGUCGGCAUGUUCGCCCGCGCCGGAGAUUACCUCGACGCCGUCGGCUUCUACAUCCUUCCCUUCUGAAUCCGGCAGCCGCCGAGCUGAUCGAUCCAUGCGACCGCGCGCGCUUGGGAGACGCGUGUUCCACUCCUGUUCAUUUGUUUUCGCUCAAUUGCUGGUUUCCUAUAAUUUCUCCAAAUAUGUCGCGGAUCAUGCGCGUGCUGACAUGAGGUAAUUUAAUGAGGAUGGUUACAUUGAAUAAAUUGUGAGGAGAUUUUUUC